AAAUGCAUAACAAACACAAUUUAGACAUUCAAACGAAUACAAUUGUCAACACAAUACGCAUUUCAAAAAGAAAAAAGUUACACUGAAAAGUAUAGAAUAUAAUUACAAAUAAAAAAUUACUAACGACAAUGGCCAGCAGCAGUGACUUGGUAAUCGAAACCACUUUGGGGCCAGUCAGAGGCCAGGAGACUAGGGGCGUUUAUGAUGAUAUUUAUUACUCAUUCGAGGGUAUACCAUUUGCUGAGAUACCAGUGGGUCAGUUAAGGUUUCGUCCGCCUCUGCCAAAAAAGCCAUGGUCUGAAAUUUUAGAUUGUACGCAAAAACCUAGCAAACCAAUGCAAAAAAAUCCAUUUAAUAAUCAAAUAGAAGGAAGUGAAGAUUGUUUGUAUGUGAAUAUCUAUGCAAAACAGCUAAACUCUUCAAAACCUUUGCCGGUUAUGAUAUUUGUCUUUGGCGGUGCUUUUGAAAAGGGUGAUCCCACCAGAGAUCUGCAUGGUCCAGAUUAUUUUAUGGAGAAAGAAUUAAUAUUUGUAACAGUAGGCUAUCGUUUAGGUUCAUUGGGUUUUGUAUCCUUCAAAGAUCCCCAUUUAAAAAUACCCGGUAAUACUGGUUUCAAGGAUCAGUUGAUGGCUUUAAAAUGGCUUAAGGCAAAUAUUUCCCGUUUUAAUGGCGACAGCGAAAAUAUAACAAUCUUUGGAGAAAGUGCUGGUGCUGCUUCGGUGCAUUAUUUAAUGUGUUGUCCCUUAGCUAAGGGACUAUUUAACAAGGCUAUACUAAUGUCUGGAACGGUGCUAUGCCCCUGGGCUUACAAUCCUUUGGAAAAUCUACCCUAUCGUUUGGCUAAAGCUUGUGGUUACGAGGGACCAGCUGAAGAUGAACAACAAAUAUGUGAAUAUUUGCAGAAACUACCAGCCGAAGAACUAAUGAAACCUUAUAUCUUAACUAAGGAAGACAAUCUUAAUGAUUGUUUCUUUAAUUUUGGACCCUGUAAAGAACCGUAUAGGGAUAAAAUGUGCAUUUUAGAAAAACAUCCGGAAGAGAUAUUGCAAGAUUCUUGGGGUCAUGAAAUACCAGUAUUAAUGGGUGGUACCUCGUUUGAGGGUCUCUUAAUGUUUCCACGUGUACACAUGACACCAUUUAUUUUAACCGAGCUUGAGGAAAAUCCACAACAUGUAUUGCCGUUACCGGUAAAAACGAAACAUUCUGUAGAAGUACAAAAGCAAUUGGGAGAUAAAGUUAAAAAAGCUUAUUUUGGUGAUAAAAAAGCUGACAUGGCAAAUGUUAUGAAUUAUUGUGAUUAUGCCUCCCACAAAGUCUUUUGGCAUCCAAUUUUACGCUCCCUUAAGGCUCGCAUACUCGCUGGAAAAGCACCCACUUAUUUAUAUCGUUUCGAUUUCGAUUCUGCUGACUUCAAUCAUCAACGCAUCAAAUACUGCGGCAAGCAAAUACGCGGUGUAGCUCAUGUAGACGAUCAUUCAUAUUUAUUUUAUGGUAAUUUCUCUUGGAAAUUAUCCCCAGAGACGGCUGAAUAUAAAACCAUUCAACGCAUGAUUGAUAUUUGGUCGUCGUUUGGCAUCAAUGCAAAUCCCAAUUGUGGCCAUACCAAGGAGGUAUUAAAGGAACGUUGUUGGCUGCCGGUGUGUAGUGUAGACGAUAUUAAAUGCUUGAAUAUUGGCAGGGAAUUAGAUGUGAUUGAUUUGCCGGAAUUGCAAAAACUACAGGUAUGGGAAAGUGUUUACAACAUUGAGUCAUGAAUGAUUGGAUGCAACGAUGUAGCAACAUAAACCUUGAAUAAAUAUUAGAAAAGCCAAGAAACACUGUUCGCUUGCUUAAUAGUUUUGACUAAUUUUUUUUUUGUCUUGCUUGACACAUUUUCAAUACAAAGAGUUAACAGAAUAUUGGACAAUAUUAAAAUGAAUAGGUUAUUUAACAAAAUUUAUAUAUUAAUAGUAUUAUAUGCUAAAAAAAUUUUUAUUACCAAAUUUAUUAUUAAACAAAUUUUCUAAAUAUAAAAUAAAUAAUAAACUUAAAUAUAUAUCGUUAUUAUAACACCAAUAAAAAACUAAUUAAAAUAACA